CAAACAUAACAGUUCAACGCUCAGGAUGAUUAUCAGGAGUUCGAGCCUGUUUGGGCUCGACCAGCGCGCGAUGAUAUGUUUAAUAGGAGCGAUAGCGUUAACACUGGUACCGGCGUCUAACAGCGCACCGAUGUACGAAAGUGAUCAGACCGAGCUGGAAAACUACGGCGAAUCAACUGGAUGCUAUUACAACUACAAUCAUUACGGCGAGGGCGAUCGUAUCAUGACAAACGAGCCAUGUUUGAACUGCACCUGCCACGACCGUAUGCUGAUGUGCUAUCUGCGCGUCUGUCCGUUCACGAAGGCGAUCGGGCAGGACUGCACGAUUGAGAAGCGGGAGGACCAGUGCUGUCCGGUCAUCACCUGCCCAGAGGUGGAAGUCCAGCUACUCGACCAUCAAACGACGGCCAGCCCCUCGAACGCACUCGGUGCCGCCUCAUCCGGCGAGGUCGGUGCGCCCGAUCAGUACGGUUGCUCGAUCAGUGGACGCUUCUAUCCGGAGGGAGCGCAAGUGCCAUCAAAUCCACAAAAACCAUGUGAGCUGUGUUACUGCAUUCGCAACAUGACGACCUGCGUUAUGCAGGAGUGUACGCUGCACAUUGACGGUUGCCAACCGAUUUACAACAAGGGUGUCUGCUGUCCAGUGAAAUACGACUGCGAUCACGACAAAGAUUCGACCCCGAUGUUGGAAGACGAAGGUACUACUACCGUGCGUCCAACACCAGGAUUCAUCCUUACCACCACCGUGUCCCCAUCCGUGUCGACCGAUUGCGUGCACAGCGGUGAAACGUAUGCCGAUGGUGCGCUGAUAACGACGGACAAACCGUGCGAGCACUGCUACUGCAUGCGUGGUGAUAUCGUGUGCGCGGUACAGGAGUGCGGCACACCGCUAGAGAACGAAGGCAAGAACUGCACUGCUCUGCCACCGGCCGCUGGCCAGUGCUGUCCGGAUAAAUAUAUCUGCGAUGGCAGUGCGGCCGCGAUGAUGGUAACGACAGUGGCGAGCAUUUCGCCAGCCGCUGAUGAGAACGAUCUGCAGGAGCAGGAGCAUGAGCAGCCUCAAUAUGAAGAUAGCCAACCAUCGAAAACCGAGCAGGAAUCGGAAGCAGCUCAGACGACGGAGGCAAGUGUGGAGAGUACCAGUGCGCCAACUACCGACCAGAAGGUGCAGGAUGUAGUUACGGCAGAAAAGGAGGACGAGGAAGACGAUCAGCAAGAGCAGGAGCACGUUGCUCCACAGUUUGAAGAUGUGCCGUCGGAUGACGGCCACGAAGAAGAUGACAGCGAUGUUCAGGUUCCAGAAAAGGUGGAUGACGAUGAGCAGCGUUUGACGACGCCGCAUCCAACCGUGAGCGAAGAGCCUGGUGCGGAGAGUGAUCACAUUCCCGGACACGAAGGAUCGCAUGAAGAGGAUGAGGACCGGCAACAGGAAGCUACCACUGCGGUUGCCUUUGACGAUGUCCCUGCACUGACUACGGUACGUGCCGAGGUACAAUCGAACACAGAGCAGGCAGCACAAGACGAAACAUCAACGGAGACUCACGACGAUUCAGAGGAACCGAGCGAUAUUGCUGGAACGACCGUUGCGCCUACGAAGGAUGCGCAGGAACCAGCAGCUGAUGAUGUACCGGUCGAACAUGACGCUGACGAAGCGACAAGCACGGAAAAACCAACGGCCGAUGAAAGUGGACCAUCUUACGAGCCGACGACCGUUCGCAAUGAAGAGGACAGCUUUGGACCGGCGGUAACGACGUCACUGCCGGCGCUGGCCAAUGCGGAUGAGAAGGAAAACGAAAUAGAUGAACAUCAUGACCAAGCAACCGAGCCAAACGCCGUCCAACAUCAACCGGAACGUGAUGAGGCUGUGUCGGUGGAGGAGUUGGAAGAGAGCCAAGAAACCGGAACAACUACAGCCCUGCCAGAGCAUGGUGAGGUGUAUAGCGAGCCGGAAGUACAAACGCAUCCACCCUCAACCCCAGCCGUUGUGCCAGAGCAAGACAAGCCGGACGUUAGCAGCGAGAAAAAGGAGGCAGCACAAAAGGCCGACGAUCAACCGGAGCCGGAGCAAGACUUUGUAGAGCUACCGCCGGCAGUUGUUGUGACCGAGCUGCCGCCACUACCAACCGCAGCGGACGAAACGUUCCCCGCCGAACAGACUCCUGAACCGCCGAAGGAUGAGAUACUGGAAAACAUGCCACUAGAGGCCGAUUCGCACGUAUUGUCCGACUCGAUGACGACCGAGCACGCGCCUACCUUUGGCGAUCGUAAAGAGGACGACGCACAGGAACCGGAACCGAUUCAUCCACAGCCUGGUGCGAACCUGGACGAGCCAGUCGAAAUGAACACCGUCAUUCCGCUCGAGAAGGAUGAACAGAAGGUUGAAGAGCAAGUGAACGAAGAGACCGAAACAGCGCAUGACGUUACGCACAACGAACCGGCCGAAGAGGAUGCACCAAGUGGUGAGAAACAGGACGAGGAACAGGUACCGGUUGACGCGGAGACGGAAACAUCAGCCACUCCAUCGAGUGAAAAGCUUGACGAUGAUCUGCAUGUGAUCAGCCCGGACAAACUGUUCCCGGAGUCGAUUCCAGGCGAAGGCGAUUGUUUGAUAGAUGGAAUCACGUACGAGAACGGUGCCACCGUGCCAACGACGGGCAAAUGUCAGGUUGCAUGCCAUUGCUCCAACAGUAUCGUACACUGCGAAAUGGUGCGUUGCCAGGCACCACCGAGCGACGACUGCACACCGAAAGCCACCGUCUCAGGCGAGUGCUGUCCGGCCUACAGCUGUCCAAAGGAAACUACCUCAACCGCGAGCUCUGUAUCGGUGGAAUCGACGGAAGCAUCCACCGAGAGCGACGAUGUGGACAGUGAAGAAGAGCAACAGUCGGCGGAUGUAAGUGCGGAAUCUUCCGAAUCAUCCACUAAAGCUUCGGUGUCCGAUUCGCAGUCUACCUCCACAAACGAGGAGGAGGAUGAUGAGGCAAGUCACCCAUCAGAGGCGGAGAGUGAUAGCGCUGGAUUGGAUCUCGAGGAUGAAGUGUUCAAGCCGUUGCAAACGCAGCAACCUCCGUUAGCUGUUACGUUUGACUACUUUGGCGGAAAUCGUCCAACGACGGCGAACUAUGAUGAUGUGAUUAUUUUGAGCACGGCUGCACCGACCAACGUGCCAUCGUCGGUUGACACCGUCAAGGAAGCCGAUGUACCACAGUCAACGGAAAUGCAAAAGCAGGAGCAGCAAAUGCCAACGGAAACGGCACCAGCGGCUGACGGUGUGACGGAAUCGGAACAGAAAGAGGAGUCUACCACGGCUGGUGCUGUUGUGGAGCGCGGUCCGGAGGCUGAACAAGACGAGAUUGAAGAGCCACAGAAGCAGGAUGAAGAAUCGCAGCCAACGACAGUGAAGCCUUUGGCAGAGGAAAGUCAAACGACAAAUGUGCCGAUCAGCGAAGCCGAAGAGAGUAGCUCGGUGCAGAGUGAACCUAUCGAUGUCGAUGCUGCUGAUGAUGGUGCGGAGAUCGUUGAUGAUGAUCAACGUGCCACCACACCGGCUGCUGAUGAUGCGGAAGCGGACAACGCCGAGAUUCAAGGCAUCACUACCAGCGCUGACAAUUUAGAUAAACAACAGGAUAUCGAAAUUCUGGAGCAGAAAAUAACUACUGCUAGCCCCGUGCAGACGGAGCAGGAAAUCGAACGGGAUGACGAGCAGGAACGCCCAGUACAAACGACAGUUCGUUCUGUGGAGCCCACUGCGGAAGUUACUACCGAGCACGAACCAGAGGAGCACCAAAGCAACGAAAUAGAAAGUGAUGAAGUCUCUAGCGUGGUGGCCGAUGACGACAAACCAGUAGCAAGCACAGAUGACGACAGUGCUGCUGCGCCGGAAGUAACUACUACCAGCGACACUGAGCCGGCUGCAGAACUGGAGACGGUGACCGAAACCCAACAGAAGCUGGACGACGCGACGACCGUUGCAAACGUUAACGCCGAACAAGAGGAGGAUCGUGUGCAAGAGGCAACAACAACGCCAGCAGUAGCACUCAGCGAGCCGGAAGGUGACGAAUAUGCCGAUGUGAAGCAAACUGCUGAAUCAGAUCUUCCCGAAGGUGCAGCAACGGAGUCUCCGGUAGUGAGCACUUCGAAACCUGCGCUGGAAGUAGAGCAAACGACAUCGUUUGUACAGGAUACAGAGGCAGGACAGAGGAUGACUACCUUCAAGGAAGUAGAGCAACCCGCUACCACAGUUCCGUCUGUUAGUGACGAGAAGGAAUCAGACGAACCGGCUACGGCCACUGUUCAGUCAGCGGUGGAUGACGAGAGUGAAAAUAAUCUCAAAACGACAGACGUGCCUGUUACCCAAAGUACGACGACUGCAACGAAAACAAGCGAUGAUGCACUAAUCUUCCGCGUGGACGACGAUGAAGAACAGCCAAUAGUCAAACCGACGCUAGAGGAAAGUGUACCAACACAGGGCGCAGUCAAACCGACGCUUGACGAGACAAAGCCUGAUCAGGAUGAAGUGAAACCUCUGCAGGUUGAUAGGGAAGAGACGGACAAUGAUAAUCUUAUCAGCCCAGAGCACGAUGGUGGAUUCCAUUUCCCACAAGAGGACGACGAUGAGGCGGAAGAGCCUAUAUUCAAGCCGACGUUGGACGACACGGAACAACACGUAGCGUUGCCAUUGCCCGAGGACAUUCCUCAGGAAGCGCUGGAACCAGUCGAUCAGAUUAAGGAGCACGACGAAGUUGCACAGACUACCACUGGGCCUAGCGAACGUGUGACCAUCACCCCAACCACCGUUACACCAUUGCAAACGGAACAAGACCGAGAGCAAAUACCGCACGACGAUGAUCAGGAGAGCAAUGCAAUUGAAGCGGAUGUGCAGCAGAUUGCUGUACCGGUGGAAACUCCGGAAAAGGCACCAAUUUACGACGAAAUCGAAGAAGAUGAACAGCAAACUGUCGUGCCAGUCAAACCGGAACUGACAACUGCUGGCCACAAGGAACAAGACACCGAGCUACAACCUACGACAGUGAAGUAUGAUGUAUCUGAGGAUGAACAAGAGCAACCAACCACGACGACACAUUCGAGCACCACAUUUGACGCAGUACCAGUGGUUUUACAACAGCAGCCAGAUGAUGAUGAUGAAGCAGACAAGGAUGAUGCAGCUGAAGCAGCACCAGAAUCCGAUGAUACAUAUUCGACGACUGUCCGUGCACAGGACGAAGAGGCAAAUGUCUCUACUGCCGCACCUACAGUAGCCCAGGAGCAAGACAAACCGACUACCCCAUCAGUUCCGGCACACGAUGACAGUCAGUCAGAAGAGAAGGACGAGACGCCUCAGAUUCAACUGGCUGAUGAGGAUGAGGAUGCUCCAGUUGCCACAACACCGCACGUGUCUUUGAAACCGGAGAGCGCGGAUGAAAGCGAACAGGAGAAGGAGCAGGAUGCACAGUCGGACGACCUGGACGAGGAUGAGCAGCAUGAGGAUGCUACAGCGAAGGUCACCGCUUUCAACGAUGAAGUACAACCCACCACAGAGGUAGACGUUAAGCAGACAUCUUCUUCCGUGUCGGUGGAACAACCUACUACUCUAGCACCGGUAAGAGAAGCUGAGCAAGAUAACGAACCCACGCAAAAACCAGACUUUGACGACAGCGAAGAAAGUGAUGAGAAUGCCCAGCAGCAAACGGAAACGACCACGAAGGUACCGGUGGCUCACGCUGUGCCGGAUACAUCGGAAGAGCUGGAGUCCGCAACAGAACCGGUUACUGUGGAUGUCGAUAGCAGCAGCGCAUUGACUGAAGCAACUCUGAAGGAUUCUGAGGAGGACCAAAAGCUUGACGACGACACUCAGGAUGAACUGGCACCAACAACUGUCGCUGCGCCGGCGUCGCAGGAUAAGAAGCAGCAACCGGAGCCAGAAUUGGACGUUAGCACUACGCCAAAAGACACGGAACAUGCCGCGCCGGUGGAAGAUGACGUUGAUUUCGAGCCAGAACAGGCAACACCUGCUGGCACAGCCGCACCGGAAACGAUUCUCGACGAAGACAAAUCGACGACAGCCGGCGUGCCACUGGAAGACGAAAAACCUGCAGAACCUUCGAGCACGGAAAUGGAAAAGAUGACCGAAGCUCCAGAGCAGGAGGACCAGGUCACUACGGUUCGUGCUACAGAGUUCGAUUUUAAUGCUGGUGACACGUAUCAUGAACAUCCUAUAUUUGAGCCGGAAUCCGACGACGACGAUGCUCAGGACGCAAUUGCACACACUACCACAUUCGCUACGCCAGAGCAAUCAAAUGCAGCACAACAUACGCCGGAUGAAGCACCAGUAGUGCAGGAUGCUGGUGCGGUAGAGUCAACCGAUGAUGCAUCCACCACGACGUACGAUGAAUCGGCCAAACCGGAGGCAGAUUUGCACGAUGAUCUUGAUUCACAAGACGUGCGUGUUACAACUGGUGCUUCGAUCGACGACGAAGAUUCGGCAGAAGAGGAUGAGGAUGUACAAAUAACGACUGUGAGACAGAAACCCAUCAGUGAAGAUGAACAUCCAUCGACAACUACAGCUGCAACUGUACCAAAGGAGGCUGAGCUGGAUCAGACUAGUGAGAAGAUUCAGCCACCAACCACCAGUACGGAGGAGCCGGAACAGACCAGUGAGUCCGUUGUGGCUGGUGCACCAGCAAAGGAUGACACAGUACAACCAUCAGAACCGACUACUGACAAGCCAGCUGCUGUUCACGAUACGGUAGAGGCUGGCACUACCUCAGAAGAAGAGCAGGACGAUGUGGAACAACCACAAACGGACGAUCUUCACGCGGAUGAUGAUUCAUCGGAGGAGGAAGACACGCCCAUCACCUUGACUACGACAACUGCUCCGGCGAAGGCUACCACGACAGCGGAUGCGCUGACUACACCAACGAAGGACACGCUCGCCGAAGAGAUUACUUCGAAGGGUGAGGUGUACACUACCGUUGUACCUGGCUCGGACUCGCAGGUGACCGAACAGCAAACCACUUCGCAACAGGAGGACGAACCGGUGUCAACGGCAGAACCGGUGCCUAGCACUACCACCACUUCUCAGCAGGUGGAGGAUGCUAGUCCAACAACUAGUACUACCGUUUUGGCUCAGGAAACGGAAGCAGACCACUCUGAAGCGCCGGGCGUUCCGUUGGAAGCGGUAACGGUGCCACCAAGCACGUCGCCAGCUGCUACCACCGCGGAUGCCACAGUGGAUGUCAAACCGGAAGAGGGUACGAAGGCUCCUGUGGCUGAGGUUUCGCAAGAUGAGCUUACACAAACAACGACCGCAUCCGCUGUCGUGCAAGACGACGAUAAACUAGACGAAAAGAUUGACAACGCCGAAGAUAAGCCGAAACCAUCGGCCCCGGUAAGCGACGAAGAAACGACACAGAAACCACAGCCCGCAAGUGAUGACAGUGACAAGGAACAAGUGGCAGUGAAGCCUACCUUUACCGAAGACGAAGAGGACGAUGAUCAGCAGAAGGUACAGGAGCCAGAAAUUGUCGGACAACACGAUGACAGCAGCAGCAGCAGCCCGGCGAAGCCCACCCAGCAACCGGAAACCGUCGGACCAUCGUAUGGAGCGCCGGGACAGCACUACGACUCCGGCUACGGUCACAUGCCACCGCAUUACCCACCGUCCUCGUACGAGGAUGACUACGGCGAGGAAGAAGAUCCGGCCGCGUUUGGUCCGGGCACUUGCCGCUACGGUGGCAAACUGUACGUUUCGGCCCAACAGAUCCCGCGCGACGAUCCGUGUGAUUUCUGCUUCUGCUUCCGCAGUGACAUUAUCUGCCUGCAACAGUCUUGCCCACCACCGAUCAGUGGAUGUAACGAGGAGCCGAUAGCUGGGUUCUGCUGUCCGCGGUACGAGUGUCCGGUUUCGAUGGCGACCGUACUGAACGUGACGACCAGCACGACCACCACGACGACCACGUUGCCACCACACUUCCUGUCGCACGCGUACAAGGGACACGUGCAAAAGCGGGGUUGCCAGAUACAGGGCAAACCGUACAACGUCGGUGAAACGGUUGCUUCCGCUUCCGGUCCCUGCAUGCGAUGCACGUGUGGCGGAGACGGACAGAUGCAGUGCGAACCGAAGGCGUGCAGUCCUGAGCCGAUGCUCCAGCAGAUGAUUGCCGUGGCAGCAGCCAAAAGAAGAUGAGCGGACAGAGUAGAACGAUGGGACCGGGUUAGAGCUGAAACAGUGCGCUCGUCGCUACACGUCCGUCGCCAG